UUUCUUGCGGACUAUCGAUAACAUUCCCGAGACUUGCGACUGCCGGUCACUUCGAAUAGAACACUACGCGACGCCACACCUGUCCCUUCAUGGCUUCAUGUCGUGGUUAUUGCUUUCUCAUUCUUUUGGCGACACCGCUGCUUGGCACGUGCUUGCUACAGCUAAACGCAGGCUGCAAGGUGGAAACCUUGCACGCGUGUGGCCAAGACUAUAUUCCAUACAUCACGAGCCCACGCCUACAGGAGUCCGGGAAUGAGUUCGAUGAAGAGUGCAAGAAGGACAAGGUGCAAAUACCGUGCAACCUGAACUUCAUCAACAACUGCACCGACGGCGUCUCCCGUGCCGCGGCACUUGUGGCAGUGCAGGCGCUGGAAGAGCACAUCGAGGCUAUCUGCAACGUGGGCUCCGAUUCAUACACAGAGUACCAGAGAGACGUCAAAUGCCUGAAUGCUCACGGUGAAAAAAUCAUAAGUGCUUCAAGGGCUUCCACAAUCAUCUGGAACGCGCUAUUGUCAAGGGUCCAGCCAAUGAAGUUAUUCACUAUGCGUGCUGCUCGAAAUACGACACGCUGGACUGCACAGGCGACGCCCUGGCGUCAUGCGAGACCGUCGGGUCCAAGGAUUUCAUGAUCGGAGUCAUCGAGCAGAUGUUCGGUGAAACGUUAACCCU